AGCUACGUGACGCAUACAACAAUUGUUUACCAAAAUCCAGAGGCCUAUGUAAGGUCAGCGUAAUUAUCGCGUACUAUCCACGUAGUUUUUUAAGGGUAAAGUGUGUUUAUUGGGUUAUCUUGCACUUUAUAACAGGACAUAACGUGAACAAACCGUAAAGCUAACAUUACAAACAGCGCAGAGGAGUUCGUAUAACGUCGGUUUUUUCGCCAACAUGAGAGGGGGUUCCUCUUACGGAGACAGAGACAGGGACCGUGGACGGGACAGGCCACGGUUUGGGGCCAUGAGCAGUCGCGGUGGUCCUCCCCCAAUGAAGUUUGGGAAUCCAGGUGAACGUCUCCGCAAAAAGAGGUGGAACCUGGACGAGCUGCCAAAAUUUGAGAAGAACUUCUACGCUGAAAAUCCUGAGGUUCAACACAUGAGUCAGUAUGAGAUGGAAGAGUUCCGCAGAAAGAAGGAGAUCACCGUCAGAGGCGCUGGCUGUUCAAAGGCGAUCACCGCUUUUCACCAGGCGCAGUUUCCUCAAUAUGUGAUGGACGUGCUGAUGCAGCAGAACUUCAAGGAGCCCACAGCAAUCCAGUGUCAGGGCUUCCCCGUGGCCCUGAGCGGCAGGGACAUGGUGGGGAUUGCCCAGACUGGCUCUGGAAAGACGCUGGCUUAUCUUCUUCCUGCUAUUGUUCACAUCAACCACCAGCCCUAUCUGGAGAGGGGAGAUGGUCCAAUUUGUCUGGUGCUCGCUCCGACCAGAGAGCUGGCUCAGCAGGUUCAACAGGUCGCGUUUGAUUAUGGCAAGUCAUCCCGUAUCAAAAGCACCUGUGUCUAUGGUGGAGCACCCAAAGGACCACAGAUUCGAGACCUUGAGAGGGGUGUUGAGAUCUGUAUUGCAACGCCUGGUCGCCUCAUUGACUUCUUGGAGUCUGGGAAAACGAACCUGCGGCGCUGCACCUACCUAGUGCUGGAUGAAGCUGACCGCAUGCUGGACAUGGGCUUUGAGCCACAGAUUCGCAAGAUAGUCGAACAAAUCAGGCCUGACAGACAGACUCUGAUGUGGAGUGCAACCUGGCCAAAGGAGGUUCGGCAGCUCGCCGAGGACUUCCUGAAGGACUACAUCCAGAUUAAUAUUGGUGCGUUGGAGCUCAGUGCCAACCACAACAUCCUGCAGAUUGUCGAUGUCUGUAUGGAGACUGAAAAGGACCACAAACUUUUUCAGCUGAUGGAGGAGAUAAUGGCUGAAAAAGAGAACAAAACCAUCAUCUUUGUGGAGACUAAGAAGCGCUGUGACGAUCUUACCAGGAGAAUGAGGCGUGAUGGGUGGCCAGCCAUGUGCAUCCAUGGAGACAAGAGCCAGCCAGAAAGAGACUGGGUACUCACAGAAUUUCGUACUGGUAAAGCUCCUAUUCUGAUUGCUACCGACGUGGCCUCUCGUGGUCUGGAUGUGGAAGACGUCAAGUUCGUCAUCAACUAUGACUAUCCCAGCUCGUCGGAGGAUUACGUGCACCGUAUUGGACGUACGGCCCGCAGUACCAACAAAGGCACUGCCUACACUUUCUUCACCCCUGGGAACUUGCGGCAGGCUCGAGACCUUGUCCGGGUGCUGGCAGAGGCCCGACAGGCCAUCAACCCUAAACUGCUUCAGCUCGUGGAUUCAGGGCGUGGUGGAGGGGGAGGCGGUGGCAGAAUGCGUUACCGUGGCAGCAGCUCCAACAACCCUAACCUCAUGUACCAGGAGGAGUGUGAUCGGCGCAUGCGCCCUGGUGGCGGAGGCGGCAGCAACAAAGACAGCCGCAGUGGCUUUGGCCGCGACAACCAUAACAACCGCGAUGGAGACCGCUCCACUUCUUCCUCCUCUUCCUCCUACAGGGACAGAAGCCGGGACCGCAGGAAUAGCUACAACUCAGGCUCAGAUCAGUACCAGAAUUAUGGUGGCGGUGGGGGCUACAACACCCGCAGCGGAGGCCAGUCUGGUGGAGGCGGAGGUCAGGAUCAGCCUAGCCAGCCACAUGGUCAGUUUGGCCAGCCUCCUGCUCCUCCUCUUCCUCCUCCUCCUGCUCCACCAUCAGGGGGGCCCCAGCCUCUGAUGGCUCAGCAGUUUGCUCCUCCCCCUCAGCCACCGCUCAUGGGCUUCAUGGGGCAACCGCCUUACCCUUUUGCUAGUCCACCACCUCCUCCUCCAGGUCCUCCACCUCCCAGGAAGUAGACAGAUGUAAGAGACACAAGGACUUAGUUAAUUUGCCCUACUGAGAGUUUUCACAGUGCAACUUUGUUGUUUUUACUCUCAAACUCUUGUCAUCUCCAAGAGGCAACAGUUUAAAAAGGUAAAUAUCUGAGGAGAUAAGGGCCGAUAUUUUCUAUUUGUUUUGUACUUUUUGAUACAACCCACAUGUGGAAUUAAAAUGUUCCUAAAGAUAAGAAAAAUUUACCUACUUUUACCUUCAUUUUAUCAGUUUCCAAAGUCUCAUACAGCUGCUCUCAGUCAUGUACCAUAGAGGAACAAGUUUCUUGUGUUUUCAUUUUAAUCACUACUACAGCAGUGAAUUUCUCCAGUCUGUCAUCCGUCUCUGGUUUAAGAUGAGUCAUUCAUCAGCUGUAUUAGGAUGUGGUUACAAUGAAAACUGGCUUCAACUGAGGCCCCAGUGGUAUGUGGUUGAGACUGCUUGGUAAAAUUAUUUUUAAUAGAUACCGUCACAUUCCACUCACGUCUUGCUUUAUUAAAGUUCAAAAUCUGUCUUGUAUUGUUUGGGGGAAGAGUUCUGGCUAGCAAUAUAAUAAUAGAAUAAUAAUUAUUGCAUUUAUUUGAAGGUUGUUCAAAUUUAUUCCAAACACUGAUGCAGUUCAAAUUGUGAAUUUUCUCCCAUACUUUUCAUAUGCAACCACUAUUUUGUUUUGUUUUUUUAAGUAUAAUGGACUGUCACGGAUUUAGAUGCAUUUUGUCGUGCAUGGCUUUACUUCUUCCUGUCCUGAACUCAAAACUGAUGUGUUUCUGUUUACUUCUGUUUGUCUCACAUAUUAUUUUAAUAAUGAGAUCAGCUAACGCAGGCUCAUUUUAUGUGCAUUGCUGACUUAAUUGCAGUUUGUUGCUUGUUUCCUUUUUCCUCUCUUGUUGUUUUUACAGUGCUUUCUUAAUAAACAAAUGAGUCAAAGUUG